UGUCUUGACUACAGCAGCGGGGCCCUGACUGGUGACCUCUGUGAAGACCUGUGUGUGGCACAGAAGCUGGUGUACAAGCACUGCCUUUACUAUGACAGAGGUAAGAAGGUCAUCCAGGCUGACUGGAGAGGUCAGCCCAUCAUCUUGAAAUCCAAAAAGGAAAUCUUCUCCAGCUACCAGCAUCUCGGUAUGCUAGAGGAGGAGGAAACACAAGAUAUUCCUGAAACAGAGCUUCUGCUGAUGGUGGCCUUGGAGGUCAAGAAUGUCCUGGGGCUGGAACUAUCUAACAACACCAUGGGGCCCCUGUGGACAAGGAAGAAGGGACCACGUUGGAAAGCACAGGUGGCCAGCAUGUGGUCCCUGCUCCAGCAGGAAGAAUAUAUCUACUUCAGUUUGCUGCAGGACUUCAGCAAACACGUGCUACGAAUUAUUGGCUCUUGUGGACACUUUUAUGCUGUGGAGUAUCUCACAGCUGGACACGCCUGGCACAAAACUCUUUUUCCCUUGGAAAAUGUGGUCGGUCCCUCCCUUGCUGGCCAUAGAAGCAGGGUGAGAGCCAUCAUUGACAUUGCACUCAGCUUUCUGGACAUGGUACAGCAUUUUGAUAAUGAUUUCUCUCACCGACUUCACCUGUGUGACAUCAAACCAGAAAACUUCGCUAUCAGGCACGAUCUCACGGUGGUUGCCAUUGAUGUGGAUAUGGCCUUUUUUGAACCCAAAAUGAGGGACAUCCUCGAACAGAACUGCACAGGAGAUGAAGACUGUAAUUUUUUUGAUUGCUUUUCAAAAUGCAAUCUGAAAAUCAGAAAAUGUGGAGCCCAGAGAGCCAAUAACAACUUGCAAGUAAUCUGUGAUAAAAUAUUCCGUCGCUGGUUUUCCCCAAAUCUCAGAGGACUGCUGGUUUCCUCCCCCCUGCAGCUGCAGCUGCAGAAAGCUGUGCAGGAGUGUGCCGAGCCGGGGCACGUGGAUGCUGCUGGGCACCAGAGGACUCUGAAAUCUCUCUCCGAGUUAUACCACCUGCUGCGGGUCACCCAGCGAGAACUGCAAAGGGCGGAGUAG